CAAAUUAAGAGCCCUCUUAAUGAUGACGAUGAUUUUUACAAUCACAAAGGCUUCUACUCGAUUGUCCUAAUGGCAGUGUGCGAUGCAUCCUAUCGAUUCACAUUCAUCGAAGUUGGUGCUGGCGGUAGGGAGGGAGACACGAAUGCUUUUACGCACAGCAAACUGGGAAAGGCAGUAUUGUCGGAUAGUCUGGAGUUUCCCGGAAACGAGCUGCUGAAUGGCAUAUCGACACCAUAUUUUAUGGUAGGAAACGAUGUGUUCCCAUUAAUUAGCAGGUUAAUGAAGCCGUACGGAUCUAGAAAGCGGGAUGUACCCGAGCGGAUAUUUAAUCAUCGCUUAAAUCGAGCUCGACGUUGUAUAGAUAAUGCCUUUGGAAUACUUUGCGCCAAGUGGAUGGCCGUGCAACGCACUCAGUUAAGCAAUCCGGAUACGGCCCAGAAAGUUGUUGCAGCUUGCUGUUCCUUGCACAACUUUGUAUUACGAACGAGUCCCGCAGACCAAUACUUACCGAAGGAUCUGGACGCACACACCCUCACACAUACAAAGUACAUACGCGACAAUAUAAAGAAGUAUGUCAACUCUUCAUCGGCUUCUCUGCAAAAUGAAGCUGCUGAAGUGUAAUCAAUUCAAUAACUUUUAUUAUUUUUCCAGGCAAUAAUAAAAUAUCCUGCUUAGUCUUAAU